GCUUUAGCUAUGACGCCCCGCUGCCGCUCUUGCUUCUUCUCGGGGGUAGCUUCGCAAAGCUCUUGUGGGCUCUUCAUGUGAGGGAGCGAGAAUCGUCCAAGAUCGAGCAUGUGGAUUCCAUUUUGAAGCUGGAGUUAGUUAGUUAGUGUUUUUUGCUCCCUUUUUUUCCGGGAGUAAGGAGAAUGAUCCUUGGUGCCGUGGUUGAGAUGCACGAGAAUUGUAGUUGCUUCGAAGGAGUUGGGGGUGUUGUUCGCGGUCUGGUAGGGUGCGGAGAUUAGCGGGAAGCGUAACAAGGCUUGGAUUUAGUUUAGCGCCAGCAAUGAAAGGGGAGUUUUAUUAUUUAUCUAUUUAUUUAUUUUCUUUGGUGUAGUAGCGACUCUUCAACAGCAUCGUUGCAUGACAUCUGUAGUUUGUACCCAAGGACCUUGGGAACAGGGUGGCGACGGAGGGGAUCCGAACUAGACCACGUAUUUAGAAAGGAACACAGGCUAGAAGACCAUUUUUCAGGCGUGUUACAGGGGGAUAUGAUUUCACAGGAACUGGGAGGAGGCCUGAGUGCUUGUAGGAAUGAACGAUUUUAAAAACUAAAUAGGUGACAAAGAAGUGACAGGAAUCAAUUGAGACGCGGGGUUUAUUUGAAAGCUCCUUUACACUGGGAGUUUCUUAAGCAUGGAAAUGAAGCACUUUGUAAAAAUGUUAAGAUAUCGUCGUUACAUCAAGGAUAAGACAACGGAAUCCUGUGCCGUGGACCAUUGAAGAACUGCGUCCUCCUCUUCCCUCAUUUCCCCUGUGACUUAUUUUAUCGCUAACCGAGUAGCCACAUCUGGUCAUGUAUUCUCAUGCUUCUAUGAGGGGUUCAGGCUACGGUCCUCCAGCAAUGGAUCAAGGUGAGAGAAGAAUCAACUCUGAACUGUGGCAUGCAUGCGCGGGGCCAUUGGUUUCACUUCCUCCAGUGGGCAGCCAAGUGGUUUACUUUCCACAAGGUCACUCUGAGCAGGUUGCUGUGUCAACCCAAAAGGAAGCUGACACUCAUAUUCCCAACUACCCAAAUCUUCGACCACACCUAGUUUGUACUCUUGACAAUAUCACCCUACAUGCGGAUCUUGAAACGGACGAGGUUUAUGCCCAGAUGGUUCUUAUUCCAUCACAAGAUCCGGACAAAGAAACGAUGCUACUGCCAGAUGCAGUUGUGCAAAAUAAGCAACCAACGGAAUACUUUUGCAAGACUUUAACUGCCAGUGAUACUAGUACGCACGGUGGUUUUUCAAUACCUCGGCGUGCUGCUGAGAAAGUCUUCCCCACUCUGGACUACAAUCAGCAGCCCCCUGCACAGGAGCUUGUUGCUCGAGAUCUUCAUGACCAGGAUUGGCACUUCCGCCACAUUUAUAGAGGCCAGCCACGCAGACAUCUUCUUACCACUGGAUGGAGCGUUUUUGUCAGUGCAAAGAGAUUACAAGCAGGCGAUGCUGUUUUGUUCAUCAGGGACGACAAGGGUCAACUCUUGUUGGGCAUAAGGCGUGCUAACAGGCUACAGACAAUGAUGCCAUCGUCAGUGCUGUCUAGUGAUAGUAUGCACAUUGGGAUCCUCGCGGCUGCAAGUCAUGCCGCCCAAACAAGUAGUCGUUUUACGAUCUUCUACAAUCCGAGGCAAAGUCCAUCAGAGUUUGUUAUUCCUUUGGCCAAAUACCAGAAGGCAGUCUACUCUACUCAAGUUACAGUCGGGAUGCGAUUUCGUAUGGUAUUUGAAACUGAAGAGUCUACUGUGCGAAGGUAUAUGGGAACAGUCACUGGCAUCGGAGAUCUGGAUCCUGUGAGAUGGCCAAACUCGCACUGGCGCUCAUUGAAGGUUGGUUGGGAUGAAUCCACGGCUGGUGAGAGGCAGCGAAGAGUCUCACUUUGGGAAAUUGAACCCCUAACCACACCUUUCCUAAGCUGUCCUCCUCCACUUGCAUCAAGAUCCAAGCGUGCACGUGGAAUACACGGAGAGGAUGAAGAUCUUGAGGCAUUGAUGAAGAAGUCACAGUUAUGGCCCAACAGCUGCGACACUUUGGGGCCUCUUAGUUUUGGAAUGGAGCAGCCGUGGAUGCGAAUGUCACAGCAGAGAGCCGGAAAUGAGUACUAUCGCACAUUUGCUGCCGCCACCGCCUUGCAAGAAUUCCGAGACCCUUCCAAGCAAGUCGUGACUGAUUCCAUGCCCAACUCACAAAUUCUGUAUCGACAGCCGCAGCCUCAAUUACAGAACCAGCAUAACCAGCAAUUGAUGCCACAAAUGAAUGAUGUACCAGGUCCACUCCUGCAAUUGUCCACAACUCAAGCAUCCAUGGAUUUGGGAAGCUCUGUCAGGCCAAGUUCAAGCUACUCAGAUUCGGAGAUACACUUGCCAUCGCCAUCUUCAAGAUCCUUCUCAAUUCAAGGAAUGAUGGGUAGAACCCUAGGCAACGUUCCGACGAACUCGGGUGAUGGAAAUCAGUUUCCCAGCUUGAUGCGUCCCAAUCAAACUGGCCUCUCACCUUGUGGUUUAAUAGCGGGAAAUCACCAGGUUUCUCCUUCAUGGUUUCCAACCUUGCAGAAUCCAAGUCAAGCUGAGUCUCAGUCAACAGCCUCUCCUCGACUGCAUCGAGUGGAAGUGCCGAAUGGUGGUGGAGUGCCUGGUUCAUAUGGUUUCACCCAACAUGGAGAACCGGAUGUGCAGCCAAGUCUUGAACACCUACCUACAUAUGGUUUUCGCAGCAAUGGGGCAGAAUCAGAUCAGCUGCAGACUGAUCGAAGUCAUCUUCUAUUUGGUGUUCCUAUUGAUCAGCCACUUGGUACCUCGAGUGGCCUCCCAUCUCCCAAUUUCGGGAAAGCAAAAGACCUGUCUGGCAAUACCAUGUUACCUGGGUCAUUCUGUUCCCCAGCUACACCAGGCGAUUCUGGAAUCAUGCCAAGUGAGCGCAUAGAUGACAAUGUCAUGUUGCCACGGGGCGUGGGUUGGCCUACUGUGCAACCUGCACCUCCUGUGCGGUCCUUCACCAAGGUGCAUAAACUUGGGUCAGUGGGGAGAUCGUUGGAUAUAAACAAAUUCUCAAACUACGCAGAGCUUCGAAAGGAGCUUGCUCACAUGUUUCACCUGGAGUGUCUCAUGGAGGAUCCUCAACAAUCGGAUUGGCUGAUUGUGUAUGUCGAUAAUGAGAAUGAUACACUUCUACUUGGUGACGGCCCCUGGGAAGCGUUUGUGAGUUGUGUCCGAUCUAUCAAAAUUUUGUCACCUGUGGAAGUGGCUCAGAUGAGUCAAGAGAUGCCAGCUGCUGUGCUAGGGCAGCAGCUUAGGCCAUCAAAUAGCAAUUCAGAAGAUGCUCCAAAUUCCCAAGCUGGUGGAGGAGCGUUGGACCACUGAGUUAGGACAUGCGUGAUUGCGAGAGGAAAAGAGACUGAGGGUAACCCGUUCCUGAAGCCUUAUAAUGGCUUAGCGUUUUUGGGUGUUGACUGGACAAGAGCAUUGACCCGCAUCGUGCUGCAAGAUCCGAUUUUUGUCUUGGACCAGCCUUUUAUCAGCGGGCAUACGGUAACAAUAGCUUCUUUUUACAAUGGACAAGCAAUCACGCAGGCCACAGCACCGUCAGCAGCCCCGAGCAGUUGAAUGGAGUCCUAUUUUGUGUUGAGCUGGAAUUCCAGGCUUGGAGGCGUCUUUGACAAGAGACUAAGAGAUUUGUAAGGAAUUUGCUGUUGCCUUACGCAGCCAUCUCUUGAGCAGGUUCGAAGUAUCCGUGCACACGUCACAGAGAAUCGAUCUCUGCCUGUUGCUCUCUAGCUGCAAGCUUGGAGAAUCCACUUUCAGUCGGCAAGGUUUGCGUUUGCGAAAGGCUGACGAGUAACAACUACCACUAUGCAUGCAGAAUGUUAUACAUGAAAUAAAACCCUGGUAAGGAGAUUUUGAGAAGAGCUUAGCAUGAAUCCUUUGCUUUGAUUUUAUGAAAGAGCAUGGGUUUCGGUUUAUAGCUCUUGUGGAAGGUAUUCUCUUCUGGGUACUCUGUUACGGCCCCCAGACUCGCUGUAGGCAGCUCUCUGUUGCCUUAGCAUACUGUGGCUCUGGAUUCUGUCCUUAAUGAUCUCUACUUUAAGUGGCAGCCCGUGAAGACUUUCUCUGCUUUUCGACUGUGUUCGUUUCCCCCUUUUUUUUUUUUUUUUUUUUUUUUUCCUCUACUUUCAGGAGCUGAGUUGUUUGGCUUACAGGAUUUUAGGAACAGCUACUUCUUGAGACUUCAGGUUCGAAUACUUUGUUGGCUCAGUUAUGGCACAAUCAUAGAGAACUAUAAAUAUCUCCAUGCCAGAUUCUUCAGUUUAGAGCUAUGACCAGGUUCUGGAUGCCGUCUUGACCACUACGACGGGUGUGCCGUACUCUGCAAUAGUUAAUCUUCUAAGGCUCACUGCCUUCUGUGUGGUCAAGUGGAGCAUGAAUGAUGGAUGCUCUUGUACAUACAAAAAGUUUUGGUUCUCAAGGCCUGCUGAGUCGUGGAAUUUGCCUUAAGUGUU